AUGCCGACGAGCGCGACGCCCUUCCCGCCGCCGCCCGCGUUUUACGUCCUGUGCGACGGCGACGACGCGGCGGCGAGGUUGCCACCGCCGAGACCGCCGAAGAGAGGGUCGACGCACGCCGCGUUCGGGGCGACGCACGACGAUGCGACGUGGGAAGAGAUCGCGAGACGAACCGAGUUCGCGCAUCCGGUGGUGUGCGACGCGUCGGCGGACGCGCGGGAGGAGAUCGUGAAGUGCGCGAACGCGGCGUGCGAACGGUACGUCGAUGUGCUGCGGAAUUGCGUGGAUGCGCCUGGGAUGAGCGAUGGGAGCGCGCACGCGUGCGCGGCGAUUCUGAACAACGCGCACCGGACGAUCAACGACGUGAUGCGACCGGCGCAAGCGAUGGCAGAUUUGGAGUAUAGGAUGCGGGUGAUGAUCGAUGAGAAGCGGGAGACGAUCGAGGCGCUGAGAAAGGCGGUGAAAGAGGCGAGAGAGAUUCGAGAUGGGUUGAAGACGGGCGACGCGGGGAAGACACUCGGCGAGGCGCUCGGGAGUCCAGGAUGGAAAAAUUGA